UAGCAAUCACCAGUAUGUCCCUUCCUCAAAAAUAGUUAACCAUUCAAAGCCUCAAACGGGCCUUAUCUUCUCCACAAUCAUGGCUUCCCUAACCUCCACCGCUUUGUCCAAGAUCUCACCGUCUUCUCCAGAAAUUCUGCCCAAUACCCGUCGGUUUCCACAGCCCAUAACUCUACAACAAAUCAGACCAGUCUCUCGAAAAGUGGUCUUGUCUAAAACGGCUAUAAAAGCGACGAGUCCAAGUGCAGCCACUGGUUCCCAAUCUCCAGGACUCUACUCUGCGCAGAAAUUUGAGCUUACUGCUCAAAACGUGGACUUGGUUCUCGAGGAUGUUCGGCCUUACUUGAUUGCUGAUGGUGGAAACGUCGACGUUGUUUCCGUCGAAGACGGUAUUAUCUCUCUCAAACUCCAGGGAGCAUGUGGUAGCUGUCCUAGCUCAACAACCACCAUGAAAAUGGGGAUUGAAAGAGUACUGAAGGAAAAAUUUGGAGAUGCAGUUAAAGACAUUUGCCAAGUAUAUGAUGAAGAAGCAAGGGAAACAACUGCUGAGGCAGUGAAUGGUCAUCUCGAUAUACUGAGACCAGCAAUCAAAAACUUUGGUGGAAGUGUGGAAGUACUGUCUGUUGAGGGUGGGGAAUGCCAUGUGAAGUAUUCAGGACCCGAGUCCAUUGGGUCAGGAAUCAAAGCAGCAAUUAAGGAGAAGUUCCCAGAUAUCAUUAAUGUUGUGUUUGUUGGCUAGGUUAGGAUUUAUAUGUGACUCAUUUAAGUUAAUAUACAAAUGUACAAACUCGAGAUCAAUUUUUCAUUUAUACUCUGGCUCAGAUACUUGUGUGUUUUCUCUUUUUCCCCCCCCAAUAUUUGAUGUUAUGUAUUUAUCAUUUAGCUCCGAACAUGAGCAUAUCAAACCCAGAGCCACUGUGCUGGAACAUGAGUGUAUACUUGUUCAUGUAUUCACACGUAUAGCUUUGCUUUUUCACAA